ACAGCGCCCGCCCGCCCGCAGGAAGGCAGAGGAGGGUCGUCGCGCCGAGGCUUCCUACUAUGUCCCUUGCUUCAGGCCCUGGGCCUGGGUGGUUGCUCUUUUCCUUUGGAAUGGGACUGGUAUCGGGGUCAAAGUGUCCAAACACUUGUCAGUGCCAAGCCCAGGAAGUGAGCUGCACGGGGAGGAAGUUAACUGAGUACCCCCCCGACAUACCCCUGGACACCCGGAGGCUCUACCUGGAUGACAACAGCAUCCCGUUUUUGCCAGCGAUGAACCUAGGCCUCCUCAGUGACCUUGUCUACUUGGACUGUCGGAACAACCUGAUCGGCGAAGUGAUGGAUUACACCUUCGUCGGGGUCUUCAAACUCAUCUACCUCGACCUCAGCUCCAACAAGCUAACCUCCAUCUCCCCAUACAGCUUCUCCGUGCUCAGCAACCUGGUGCAGCUCAACAUCUCCAAUAACCCUCACCUGUCGUCCCUGAGCAAGCACACCUUUGCCAACACCAGCUCCCUGAGGCUCCUGGACCUCAGAAACACCGGCCUCCAGACGCUGGACCACACCGCCUUCCACAACCUUCUGAUGCUGCAGACCCUGUACCUGAGCGGGAACCCGUGGAAGUGCAACUGCUCCUUGCUGGACUUCACCAUCUACUUAAUAGUGUCCCAUCUGAAUCACCCAGAUGACCUCAAUGCCACGUGCGUGGAGCCCCCGGAGCUGGCGGGGUGGCCCAUCUCGCAGGCGGGGAACCCGCUGCGGUACAUGUGCAUCACGCACCUGGACAGCCGCGACUACAUCUUCCUGCUGCUCGUCGGCUUCUGCAUCUUCGCGGCGGGCACCGUGGCCGCCUGGCUCACCGGCGUGUGCGCCGUGGUCUACCAGAACGCCCACCGCAAGUCCAACGAGGCCGAGGACGAGGACGAGCAGGGGCAGCGGGUGGUCAGCAGGCGCAUCUUCCAGAGCAAGGCCGACUCCGGCCAGGACGGCUUCCCACAGCUCAUUUAG